AAAAAGAAGUGUUGGAUAUGUUAGGAUCAGGAAUGAAUCUGAUUACAACCAUAAUUGGAUUUGGGAUGAGUGCAACUUUCAUAGUAUUUGUUUGUACUAGGUUGAUUUGUGGGAGGAUUCGCCGUUUGGAAGCUCAACACAUGUUAGAGAUUGACUCAAGAAUUGAUCUUGAGCUGCAAGAACACCGGAUUAUUAACGGUCUUGAACCGGUAGUAGUUGCCGCGAUUCCCACGAUGAAGUUCGAUCGCGAAGCGUUCAGUACGAUGGAAGACGCACAAUGCGCGAUAUGUUUGUCGGAGUACCAAGAGAAAGAAGUGUUGAGAAUUAUGCCGAAAUGCGGGCACAGUUUUCAUCUCUCAUGUAUCGACGUGUGGCUCAGAAAACAGUCAACCUGUCCGGUGUGCCGUCUUUCGUUACAUGAAUCUGUCGAUUCUAUUUCCGUUGAACCGGCCUCGGAAGUUACUAUAGAAACAACUUCCAGGUCAUCAUAGAAGAGAAUUACUUCUUCCUUUUUUUUUUCUUUUUAAAUUUUAAUUUUCCGUUUUUUUCCGAUGAUUUAUAGUAACAGGAUCAAGAUUUUAUAGCAGUUGUUAGACAGAAUCUCUGUAUAUAAAUUUGUGUUGUACGAGGUUAGCUGAUUUGUUUCAUAUGUUGUUGGUUUUAAGGAAGAAUGUUAGAAGGGAAUAUUUUAUGUAUGUAUAUAAAUUUAUAAUGUGUAUACAUUGUCAUUAAUAAAUACAUUCAACAUCA